AGGUGGGUGUGAUCCAGGCCUGCGGUGGCUUGCUCUCCCCUCCCCGGAUACUCUUUUUUCCCCCCUCCUGGUUUACUGCACCAUAUAUCACAGCCACGGCUAGACUUCACCCCGUUUCAUGGUUCGGAGCUUAGAGAGAAGGAUGAAGUUGCUGUUUGCAGUUGCGAUCAUCGCUGGUUCUGUGAUAUUUCUUCUGUUCCCCAGUGGAUCUCAGGCUGACGAGAAAAAGAAAGGGCCUAAAGUUACAGCCAAGGUUUAUUUUGAUAUUAGAAUCGGGGAUGAAGACGCUGGAAGAAUUGUGAUCGGAGUAUUUGGCAAAACUGUUCCCAAAACAGUUGAAAAUUUCAUUACAUUAGCAACGGGAGAAAAAGGAUUUGGGUACAAAGGCAGCAAGUUCCACCGUGUGAUCAAAGACUUCAUGAUUCAGGGUGGAGAUUUUACCAGAGGCGAUGGCACUGGAGGGAAGAGCAUCUAUGGAGACCGCUUUCCAGAUGAGAACUUCAAGCUGAAGCACUAUGGUCCAGGCUGGCUGAGCAUGGCUAAUGCCGGGAAGGACACUAACGGCUCUCAGUUCUUCAUCACCACGGUGCAGACGCCCUGGCUGGAUGGGAAGCACGUGGUCUUCGGAAAGAUCCUGGAGGGCAUGGACGUUGUGAGAAAAAUUGAGAGCACCAAGACUGAUGGUAGGGACAAGCCCCUGAAAGACGUCAGCAUCCACGAGUGUGGCAAAAUCGAAGUGGAAAAACCAUUUGCUGUCGCAAAGGAAUAAAAUGGGGUGAUAACAAGGAAGGGAACGGAGUUAAGAGUGUGGGGUUGGGAGGGUUUGAUGCAUUCCAUGCAGACAUUUCUCAGAGGGCCUGUUCUGUUCACCCUUUGGUUCUGCAACGGGUUUCUGUGACCUGUCUGCCCCAGCCUGAUGGCACCACUCGCCUUCCGAGAGCCCGAAGAACAAGCAGCGCAUCAGGUCACAUUCCUAACAGGCAUUCCGAGCAGCUGCUGUCCCAGCGC